UCUCAGCCAAUCAGGACGCGCGGGGGAGUGAGCGCUGCUGUUUGAAUGCUCCGCAGAAACAGACUCUCAACCGAAAUGAAGACUCGACGUAACACAGCGUAGUUAGCUCAUAGUAUAAGCUAAUGUUGUUUUUCCCCACCACCGGGGUACAAAUAGACGCUUAUUUUAGGUAGAGAGGCAACGAAGAAAAAAAAAAACGACUGAAAGAGGUUCUUGUUGUCUCACGGAGCAAAGCUUAUAAACGUUAGCUAGUACACUGCAUUGUCGCUAAGGUGCGUAAGAAGCUAUAAUGUAACGCUAAUCCUAUCGUAAGUAUUGUAGAUUAUUUAGUUUAUUUUUUAUUUUAGGCAACUAGUGUAAUAUAAGAGUCGACAGGUCCUGAGAAUGAUUCAGAGUAUGUUGUUUAAAAAAGAGUGACUGUAGCACGACAGGGUCUAAUUUGUAGCGGAUGUCCGUCAACUCCCUUUCCGACUGAAGGACUAUUGCGGGUCGUUACUGUAAAACGUUACGGACAGGAGUUAAAAAUGAAAAUCGCGGAGAGAAAUGUCAUGCGUCUGGUGGCCGUGCAGCACCUCCGCGCUUCGUACGGGAUAAAGACAAAGAACUGGAACAAAAACAAGGCAGCCAGCAGCAAGUGGACAGCCAGCAACUCGACGAAGGUUUUCGGGGUGUCCCUGGAGAGCUUACCUUGCUAUAACGUGGAGAGUGGGAGCGUGCCGAGAUUUCUGGUCGAUGCCUGUAUGGUGCUGAUGGCACAUGUGGACACAGAGGGACUGUUCAGAAAAUCAGGCUCUGUGGUUCGACUGAAAGCACUCAGGGCUAAAAUAGACGCCGGCGAGGAGUGCCUGUCCACUGCUCUCCCGUGCGACGUAGCUGGUCUGGUCAAACAGUUCUUCAGGGAGCUGCCGGACCCUGUCCUUCCCACGGAGCUGCACGAAGUCUUUCUCAAGGCACGGCAGCUUCCUGCAGAAGAGGACAGGAAGUCUGCCACCAUGCUGCUCUCCUGUGUACUGCCUGAGAAAAACCUCUGUGUGCUGCAUCACUUCUUUGACUUCCUGCACAAUGUGUCCAAGAGGAGUGUAGAGAAUAAAAUGGACAGCAGUAACCUGUCUGUGAUAUUGGCUCCGAACCUCCUUCACUCUGGAGAUGGCACGGAGAAGAUGAACGCCAACACGGAGAGACGCCUCAAGCUACAGGCGUCUGUAGUACAGUGUUUCAUAGAAAACGCUCCCAAUUUUGGUGUGCUGCCACAGUGCCUUCAAGCAAAGGUUCCAGCCAUGAUGGGCUGUGAGCCUGGGCUGUUGUCACCUGCCCACGAUGAACUGGAGGAGAUGGACCUGAACUCGGGGGUUAAAAGGAGAAACAGGCGCAGUUUUGGAGAUAUGGUCAAUGGGGCUCUGAGUAAGAUAAAAACUAAUAGAACACCCACACAUGCCACCCACUCAGACAGCCACGUGUUUUCUUCUGCCACUCCCGUGAUCGCAACGCCAACGUCCAAGCGAAAGUUGCCUCUGGAAUCGGGUCACUCUUUUGGAUUCUCAAACAAGAAACGCAGAUCUGUCAAAAAGAACCUCGGCAUAGAUUUACUCCCCAGCGCUCUGUUCGCUGGAGCCUCAACUCCUGGAUCAGUUCACAGUGCCUCUGGGGUCUUGGACUCUUCCCAAAACGCCCCACCCUCAGCCGGGAAAAGCAGAAGGCAGUCGGCAACAUCGGUGAGGAGGAAAAGUCGACGACUGAGUAGCAGACAUGCAGUCAACAGAGUGGAAUCCGGAAGAGCCGGUUGCUUUUCCCCUAAAGUUGGCAAAAAAGACGUUCCACGCAAGUCUCUGCGCCUGCGCUUUAGCCUCGGGAAGAGCAGCAGGGAUGCUGGAUCCGAGUCCAUCGGCUGGCGACUCGCUUCACAGGAGAGCACGACCAAGUUUUGUUUCUCCAAAGACACAGAGUUCAGUCCCUCGGCCGUGCCUAGAAAAACUGAAUCCAAGAACUCCAAGUACAUCAGUAAGUCUGAAGACAACUUGUUGACUCCACAAUGUGACUCCAGUACUCACCAGAUCUCCUGGACUGGAGAGACCCCCGUAGGAGCCAAGGUUUUCAGUGGCGCGUCCUUCACCGACACCCCCAUGAGCAUGUGCCUUAAGAACACCUACAAGUCUGAACCGGCUAUAAUUCUGCCCAAGUCCCCGGCUCUGACCGGCCUCCCCAGAAAACUCUGCUGUGCCUCCAGCGCCGAGAGCCUCGAAAGUGAGAACUCCGUCUCCGAGGCCCAAACCCGAACCCGUCGGACCCCGCUGAAAACCCAAGAGGCCUCUGCAGAGCCGGAAAGUGACGUACGGGACUCCUGCUGGCCAGCCGCAGAAACUGUGACGAAAACGUCAGGCGGCUCGACGAACGUUUCGUCGGGAACUCCUGCGGCCUGCCGGUCUGUGAACGCCACGCACGGCCUUUUGGCCAGUGAGCAGAACAUCACCUUUGGACAGUUUGAUAUCGCCGCCUUGUCUCCUUUGCAUAUCGAUAGCGUAGUGUUUGAACCAGGUGCGUGCUGUAGCCCGAUGCUAAAGGCUAGCAGUAGUUCUCCAGGUCCCACUGCUAUACUCAGUCCUCGCGGCUGUAAAACGGGAGACGGCGAAAUAGAGGCAGAGCGGAUAAACUGCAGCAGGUUGAUCGACGCUCUGGACGUGCAGAGUCCCGCUCACUUCAGACCAGGCGUCAACUCUGGGCUGCAGUCCACGCCGUACAAGCUGGACUUCCAAUUCCCACAUGAGCUCGGUACACCUCCCAAACUCGCGGUUCUGAACGGAUCCGUACACGACGAAGAGGAGUUCUCUGCAGGGAAUCUGCAACAGACAGACAAGAGGCGCGUGGCCGACCACAUCCAACACUUCAACAAACUCACCCUUCACUCCCCCAAGGGCUCCAAGGUCGCACAGAUCAGAUCGCCGCUCAGGUUCCAGCGCACACCGGUGCGUCAGGCCGUACGCAGGAUUAACUCUCUCCUGGGAGACGGCCGGCGCCCCGUUCCCGCCGCUGAUCCCACUGCAAUAGAGAGCGGCCAAGUGGUGAAGGCCGUGAGCCUGGAGAGCGGUCUGUCUCCUCACCCGCGCUGUCGACCUCACCAACAAGAGCCGCUGGCUGCAAAAGCGCACAGCGUGGGGACCAUAAAGAAACCUCCCCCCGUGCCACCCAAGAGGACCAGCACCUUGACCCGUCGGACCAGGUCCUGCGCUUUAGGCGACGUCACCAACAAAGUCCAACCAAAGACCAAAGUAGACACUUGUGAACCCGAGUCGGCCGGAGGUCAGACGCCCUGCCUGCAGCAGGUUGAAGAGGAAGACAAGAGCCAUUACAGGGGUUCUCCGUGGAACCCCCUCAACCAGGUACGACUGCUGUCAGCGACCAGGCCUGUAGAUUUAUAGUUGGUUUUCUUUCCUGUUUUUUUUUUCCCUUUGGUGAAAACAUACGUCGAAACAUUCCAUCUUGUUUUCAAACGUUCAGGGUUUUUUUUUGUUUUUAAAUAUUUAUUUUUGGCUACAUUUGGUGCUGAUUGUUGUUGUUUUGGGGCCUGAUUGGGAGAUGAUUUUACGCCUUAAAUGUCUUAAAACAAAAAGCAGAACUUUUCCUUACGCCAGCGUGUAAGUUUGUUCGGUCGGAACGCCGUUUGUUCAACGGCCCAAAUCACGAUUGAUGGUAUGACUGGAGCUGAAUGGAUCGUGACUUUUGCUUUUUAUUUAUACGUUUUAUAUCUAACCCUUAGGUAGGUGUGUACUGAAGCUGGGAGUCUGUGUAUAUCUGAGUUUUGCCUUGUGAUUUUUUUUUAAAGAAAAAAAUUGCACCAUUUUGUUUCUUGUAAAAAAAAAAAGAAAAGAAAAAGAAAAACCUGCCAGUAUUGAUGAAAUCAACUCGUUAUAUUGUAGUCCGUUAAUUUCACGAGAAACAGACGUGAAAAAUCCUGUCAUGUCAGCUUUUUCAAGCCAAUAAAAACGAACUACAUCCUA